AUGCAGUCCCCAUGGGACAAGGCUAAUUUGAAUCUGGUCGUCAUAGGACCUCGGGAUUCUGGCAAGUCGACCUUAGCUGGAAACUUGUUGUACAAGUCUGGUUGCGUCAGACCCCAGGACGUAAAUUAUUACGAAGCGCAAGGCGCUGGUAACUCCAAAUAUGCUUGGGUUGUCGAUAAAUCAGAGGAGGAGCGGGAAAAGGGCAGCACUAUCAACCUUAACAUGCCUCAUUUGGAACUCCAAACCGGAGGUAAGCCCCAAGGCCCACUAUUGGUGGGCAUGUUUAACAAAGGUCUAGCUACCCCGAGUGACUCCAACUACAUCGAAAACCUGAUCGACAGUUUAACGGUCUCUGACUGCGCCCUCCUUGUCAUUUCCGCGAUUCAAAGUGAGUUUGGCGCCGGCAUUCCGAAGUUACGUGAUCAGGCUAUGUUCGCCUUUCAGCUCGGUAUCAGGCAGGUCAUCGUUGUAGUAAACAAGAUUGAUCGCGUCGAUUGGAGUGAAGACCAGUUCAACGCGAUCAGAAUUGAAACGAUAACUUAUCUAAGGAAGAUUGGGUUCGAACCUCGGGCUAUCCCCUUCAUACCCAUCUCUGGGUCGACCGGUGACAACUUGCUCGAAGAAAGCGUCCAUCUUCCCUGGCACAAACAAUUUGUAAUCGAUAGACCGAAUGGAUGCGUGAAGGGUAAGAACCCUAUUGAUGCAAUAGAUGUCAUGCAGCCUCGUGCUCGCACAAGCGCCAAGCCCCUCCGUUUGCCGAUCCACAAAGUCCAUGAGAUCGCCGAUGUCGGUACCGUUGCGGUGGGCUGCGUGCAAGCUGGCACUCUCUCCAUCGGAAUGUCCAUCACCCUCGCUCCGAGUUGUGUCACAGCGGAGGUUGUAUCCAUCGAGAAGCACCACUGGGAAGCCGAAAAAGCACGGGAAGGGGAGAUCGUGUGUUUUAGUAUUGGGGAUAACGGACCAGUCAGCCGCGGUGAUGUUGCCAGUGACUCGGACAAUGAUCCCGCCACGAGCUGCGAAUCCUUUGAGGUGCGGCUCAUCGCCCGCGGCCCAAUCAACAAUGGUGAUACUUUCACUGUGUACUGUCAUACAGCACACGCUGAGUGCACGCUCGAGACUAUCCGGAGCAUGGAUCGCCGUACCGACGAAAUAAUCGAAGAUCAGCCCUCGGUCGUCCAUCCAGGGCAUGCUGCCGUUGUCAAGAUGACUCCCAUCAACCCAAUCUGUGUCGAGCGUCAUUCUGACUACGAGGACCUCGGCCAUGUUGUCAUACGCAGCUCGGGCAAGACCUUCGGUUUUGGAACGGUUGUUGGAGUUGAGAAGAAUUGA